AUGUCUACUUCUCAAGUAAAAAAUUCCGGAGGUAAAAUAGUCCCCCGUUCGGAUCUCCGGGUGGGGACUACAAGAGAGGUAAGAAAUGUUAAGGGUGUUAGGGAUGCGAAGGAAUAUAAACGAAUAGCAACUUGGAAUGUAAGGACUUUAUUACAAUGUGGGAAACUGGAGAAUCUGAAAAUAGAAAUGGACAAAAUGAAAGUAGAUAUUUUGGGAAUAUCAGAAAUGAGAUGGCCAAAAUCAGGAGACUUUUGGAGCGGAGACUAUAGAAUAAUAUAUACAGGUGCAUCAGAGAAGAAACCUGGCACAGGAGGAGUAGGGUUUAUAAUGAAUAAAACUUUAGGAAAAAAAGUUAAAGGCUAUAUACAAUAUGACGAUAGAAUCAUUCUAGUCAAGUUCCAGACGAAACCGAAAGACACAAUAGUAGUUCAAGUGUAUAUGCCGACAUCAAAUAGUAACGAUGAAGAAGUGGAAGAAGUAUACGAGAAUAUAGAUAAAAUAAUCAAAAAUGUUAAAGGUGAAGAGAAUCUAGUAGUAAUGGGUGAUUGGAAUGCCGUUGUAGGGGAAGAAAAAAGUCAAUAA